AUGCAACAGCUUGUCCAAAAAUCAUUGAAAAGUGCUCAGCGUGUAGCAGUGGGUAACUUCCUCAAAGAUUUAGCCUAUUUAAAAGUGCCUGUCGAAUUCAAAAAUAGUGGACAAUAUGUGCUGUUCCAAGAUUUGUUAAAGGUAGUUACUGGAGAAUACAACUGGAACAGACCAACACAAGGACUGAUAUUGGGAGCUUUCUUUUGGGGUUACAUCAUCACUCAGAUACCAGCUGGAUUAUUAUCAUUGAAAUAUGGUCCAAAAUGGAUUGCAUUCAUUGGGGUAUUUGGAUGUGCUAUUGUAGAACUUUUUGUCCCAAUUUCAAGUCAUUUAAAUGCUACAACAGUAAUUAUUCUACGUGUAAUUGAAGGUCUAUUUUCGGGUCUGGUAAUGUCAGCAGUUAGUUGUUUGAUGGGUAAUUGGGCACCUGCAGGUGAGAAAAGUCGAUUUGGUGCUCUCACAACUUGUGGUAUGCAAAUGGGAACAAUUGUUGGCCAAAUAUUAGCCGGGAUUGUAUCACAACCACGCCUGAUUGAUUUAGGCACUAUGCCUAAAUCAUAUAUGUAUAUUUCAUAUUGGCCAUAUGCUCAUUAUUUAUUCGGUAUAUUAAAUAUCCUAUUUUCCGCUCUAUGGAUAUUUACUGUCUAUGAUAAUCCAUUAAAACAUCCAUGGAUUAGUGAAAAAGAAAAGGAAUAUUUAUUAGAAACUAUUUAUACUACUACUACUACUACUAAUACCAAUGAUAAUACUGAAUACAAUAAAGUUAAUGAGGAAUCAAAUACUACUGAAAAGGAAGUUAGCAGUAUUGGUGAUACUAAAAACGAAAAAUCUGACGACCAAAAAACACGCCUACUAUGUACGUUCAUUGGAAUUGAAAGAGGGAUUCAGUUUUAUGGAAUUGACUUAACAAUAACAACAAUAUCUAGACCUGAUGAAGAGGAGGUUAUCGAGAAGAAUAUUAUUUAUUCAGGAACUAUUCGACGUAUGUUUGGUGAUAUUUUGAAUCAUACAUUACUGCCUAAAAUAUACCUGGCAGCUCACAUCGUUGUGUGAUCUCGCUGAAGUAGUGCAGGCUGUUAUGUAAUCUUGUUGAUGUAGUCAGUCGGCAUUUGUGAUCAGCUCAUCUGUUUCUAAUUCGGCAUCCCUAUUUCACUCUCGACGUCAUGCGAAACAUAACACUCACAUUGAUUGAUACAUCACUCCUGCUGCGAAUAUAAUUUCGAUUGACAGCACAAUAUAUUUGGUUAAGACAUUCACUUACGUUAAAUACUUCACAUCGGAAACAGAAACCGGUGUAUUUGAACAACCCUUUGUCCGUUGUGAUUACAUGCUGAACAUGUACAAGAAGGGUCUUUUAAACCGCAGAUGGGACAGAAUGACCAUCCGAUGUUUGCAUCACCUUGUUCAGGCUAACAAGCGCUUCUGGU